GAAGACCUCUAUCAAAGCCUGGUCACUGGGUGCAUCUGCUAGUUUAAAGCAUGAGCUCGACAGGAUAUUGGUCAGUGGAUUAUGAGAUUCACGGAGAUGUGCAAGGUGUGUUUUUCAGAAAGUACACAGAAGAUCAGGCAAAACAUGUUUCUGCAGUUGGUUGGGUUAAGAAUACUCCUCAUGGAACAGUUAUAGGUCAAGUUCAAGGGACAAAAGAGAUAGUAGAAAUCAUGAAGAAUUGGUUAAAGAACGUUGGAAGCCCCAUGUCUCGGAUCGAUAAGGCAGUUUUCUCAAAUGAGAAGCAAAUAUCAACUCUGGAACAUUCAAGUUUUAAAACUAAGUAUUAAGUUGGUGUAAUUGUUUAAUUCCUUUCAUUCUUAACUUGACCUACUCCUUAUUUGUGCUACCAUUAGGAAUGCAACAUUAUUUCAUUAAUACUUCAAGCUUAUAAGUAAGUAACAUGUGGAUGUGUUCUUUAAACUAAGCUAA